AUGUCUACUAUUGAGCUUAACUGUCUUAUUCAUGGAGAUACUCCAGACAUUACUAAUAUUUUUUCAGUAGAAUUAGAUUCUGAAACGACUGUUAACAGGCUCAGAGAAAUUAUUAAAGAGAAGAUUAAAGAGACGAAACAAGAUCUUCCUUGGGUUGAUGAU